CGGUUGCGUAGCAACGUAUACACUUUCAAGAGUAGUUUGACAAAGACAGAGGGACGAUGAUAAACAAAGGCCGCCUCUAGAGGCUCCUUCUCUUACUAUGUGAGUUGCCCGCGUCUUUGCCACAAUAAUGUCCAAGGCACAUGCAAAGAAAAAGGAGUCAUCUUCGAGCAAAGUGUCUUUAUCCGACCGGCAGACGGAAGCAGCGUCUCUAGCAGCCACUUCCUCUGAGAGCCUAGGAGGUGUGGGGAAAUACAGGGUCCCCAUUUGGCCCGAGUGGAAUGAUGCAGACGUCAACAGGGAGAAAUGGGACUCAAACAGAGGUCCUGAAGAUGGCAAGCCAACCAGGAGUCCUAGUGCUCCAUUUUUUGAGGAUCCCGAAGGAAAGCUUCUUCUGCCUCCGUGUUUGAAAGUUCACACCUGGAAGCGCCCAGCAGAGUUUAUUGUUGACAAGACUCCCACUGUUGUUGACAAUCAAAUGACAUUUGACCUAGUCUCCCCCAAUUGCCAUCUGCUUUGUAGUGAGCUGAUGAGGUGGAUUGUCAGCGAGAUCCACAUUCUUUGGAUGCAGUUUAACUGCCCAUCUACAGAGCACGAGGGAUGGAGACCUUGGGGGCACAUCUACUCUAUGUGUAAGGUGGUGAAUGGUCAUGUGCCACUUUUCAACAGCUAUGGCAAAUACAGCGUCAGACUUUACUGGAUGGGUUGUUGGAGAAAGAUAUUAGUGGAUGAUUUUAUGCCAUUUGAUGAGGACAAUAACCUGCUUCUCCCUGCCUCUACCUGUCAGUCAGAGUUAUGGCCAAUGCUGCUGGCUAAGGCUCUAAUUAAAGUGGCAAACACAAAUUUGUUAGAUGUCUGCGGGGGGAUGGACGAGUUCACUUUUAUCCACACCCUCACCAGCUGGAUUCCAGAAACUCGUCCUAUAAAGUCAGUGUACUUGAGAGAAAUUUGGGAUUUCUUACAACACUCCAUUCCUACAUUUAAACACCUGGAUGACAGUUUGCCAGUGACGAAGCCUGAGCCCGCAGAUGCAGCUCAAGUCAAGGAUUCCACCCUAAGUGACAGCAAGAAUCAGCUACUGGAGUCAGAGAAAUGUAAAGGAGCCAGAGGCAGACUGAGAUGGAACCAGGACAACCGUGCAAUCCACAGCUCCCAAGAGUACCGAGUAUUUGAGGUCACACAUCUUGGCGACAUCCCCGGAGGAAGGCCCCAUGGCCAAAGGGUGAGAGUCCCAGAGGACCAGAAGCAAUGGGAAGUUGACCCUGCUAGAGGUGGGCCACCCUUGCAUGAGUUGAGAGCCGGAUCCCAGGUCCCAAGGAGGAGGUCCAAGCCAGGAAGUGGGCCAACGACCACACCAGAACAUCCAGCCAUGCACCGUGGAACCAACAAACACCCGCAUCCCAACCCUGACAUAGUGGUUUUUGCUGCCUGCUACCCUUUUCAACUACAUAACAGUUCCUUUGGGUUUCGCAAAAUGGCUAAUUCCUCUGAAUUUCUACGUCGUUAUGGCCUCUCCUUGCUGCACAGCCAUGCUGUCCUGUUGACUCGUACCCGCGCAUGCCCGCUAGAGUCACCACCAAAACCUCCACCUGUGCCCCGUUGGAAACUCAUCCGUCAGCCCAAGGAGAUCUUGGUCACUGCUGAACCAAAGAAGAUCCCUUUGUCAAAACCAGAGCAGUUCAUUGAGGUUGCCAGCCCUUUUCUCUCCUACCGUACCAGGAGCAGCGGGGGCUCAGUUCCAGAGCUAGAGACCAAGCAAAACACUCCCAGGAAGUGUUCCCACGGAUCCCCUCUGGUCUCCAUUACUGAGGAAGAGGAGACUGAAUGUCAAGAAGGCCUUGAGCUUGGCGCGGCUGAAUGCACCACUAACUCACCAAACUGCACUGACAAAAUGGAGGUUACUGCAGAGGACAAGAAGAACAGUGAUGACAUCUCCAAUGAUAGGCCCCAAACUGAAAUCAAAGAGCCUGUAACUGAGGAAUCCUCUGCUACUAGCAAACCGGUCCUACAGAAGACCUGGGUUGACCUGGAGGACUUUGAUAAAUGCUUUCAGACUCUCUUGGUGUUUCAUAAACCACAGACUUACCAGCAUCAUAUUCAGAAAUCACAUUUUAAGAAUACUGUCCUCUCCAAAACAACAGUAGCCGUCAAAUCCAGUGGAUCAUCCACACAGACUCUUAGCUCCGGAUCCCUUACUGUAGCAAGCCCUGAACAGUGUCCAGAGGUGAGAGGCACUUAUUACCUGUGUGUGGACAGCCUGCAACCUUCCCAGAUCCUCAUCAGCUUCUCUGCUCUUCUUCUCUGGGGACAUGCAGCUGAGGAGAAACAGGAAAUGUCAGCAGCACAUAGGUCUGCAGUUCUCAUCGCCGUGCCACACUCCUGGACAAGUCUGCAGUCUCAGCUGCCAUUUCUCUCCAUCAAGACCACCUCCACAAAGGCAGCUGUGUUAAACUUGCCCUCGGGGCGGCAUGUGCUGUGCAUCCACAUAAAUGCAGCAUUGGGUUACCAUGUCCACCUCUGCAGCAAGACACCAUUUAUCUUUGGAGAGGAAGAAACCAUCAUGCCACACCUUACGAAGGAAAGUGUCCAUUUCAUUGAGCAGGCCUCUUCCAUCUUUAGGGCCCUGUCCAGAUUGGUGGCUUCUUUUAGUGAUAAGCAGCAGCAACCAGCACUAAGAAAGAGUCUGGAAGAAACUCACUGUCCCAGAAACAUCAGCACCACCCAGGAAAAAUGGGAGCACUGCAAGGUGUUUAACUUGGCAGUUUACCACAUGCUGUGUGAGGCUCUGGGGAGAAAGCUGAAAGCAGACGAGCAGUUUGCUGUACAAGCUCUCACUGCUGACCCUUCACUGUUCCCUGAAGAAUACCCCGCUAUAUUAAAUGCAGAUUUGGAGCCCCCAGAAAUGUGGAGCGACAGGGAGCCAACAGACAGAGAGGUCAAGGCAGUGACCAUUCUGCAGGCUGGAUUCAGAGGGCACUUGGUGCGCGAGAUCCUUGAUGCCUCAAAACCUGGAACGAAGGAGAACCUCAGUGCGUCCAAGAUCCUUUCAUCCCUGUGGUCGACAAUUGAAUCUGAUGCACACAAACAUGCAGCUUUCUUGCUGAGGGAUAUCAUCAAAAAUUCUAAGAGGAAAGCAGACCUCUACCCAUGUCUACGAGAUGAAUGGACUAAAAUCGCCUUUGCUGAUUACACUGUCUCUCUUCCAGACACAGCCAACUCAUGGGUCUUGGUCUUUAGAGAGAUUUUCCUGGUUUCUGAGGAGAUGCUGGUGAUACCAAAGGUCUACUCUCCAAUCCCUAAUUGUCUGCUGCACGUCAUAAAUAAUGACACAGGAGAGGAGAUGAACAUGGUCUUCAACAGAGUAGCACCCCAUGUCUAUCAACCCAAUAAGCUUGGUUAUACCUUUGUAGCGGAGGCUAUCACACCUGAAUUACCCCCUUCUGGCGCAAAGUGGAGGAUGUGCUUGAUCGGCUCAAAGGAGCCACUUCCAAAGCUGUCCCGUGACACUCCAGUUAGUGAAUUCUCAGUAGAGGAAUUCCGGGAUUAUUACAUUCCAAAUAACAAAAAUCUCAUUUGUCGUUACAGAGUACAUGUAACAACAGACACUAUAGGAACCAUUCAGCUUCAAACUUCCCAUCCAGAUGUCUUGAUACGUCUAUCCAUUCUGGACCAUGAGAAACAAGUAGCUGGCAAAACCGGGAAGGGCCAUGUGGUGAUUCCUGUUUUUUUCUUCCUGGCGAACAAAGACACUGAAGAAAAGAAACAGGAGCAGUCUCUUUCGGAGAACACUCUCCAGCAAAACGAAGGGGAAGACAGCGCAGUUAAAAAAUCUAUCUCCUCAUCUGACCAGUACCAGCCUCCCACAGAGACUAUGGUUCACAAGUACGUGGUGCAGGCAGAGGUGCUUUAUAAGACCUGGAAUCUGAGUGAAUCCCAGUUGGCUUUUGCCUGUUCAGUCAAAGACUUGGAGAACAAUGAGACAAGAGUAAGCAAGCUUGAGGAUAUAAAGCGUUCAUCAACCACUAACACACCAAAUCGUGACGGCCACAAGUCUGAUGCAGCCAAAACCCAGCGCAAAACCAAAGGAGACAAGGGGAAGUCAGCUGCUGCUAACGAAACGAGCCUUGACUUAACUAAACCAAACUGGAUGCUACGUGUUGUCACGGACAACAGCAAAGAAAAAGGCAUCGACGUUAAGAGAGACACAGAAAGAAUAGACCAGAUUAAAGCCAUUAAAAAUGCAUGGGAAAUGGCCGAGCCGGGACGCUCUGCCAAGGCUUUUCAGUCUCGUCUCCAUUUUCUUAAACAAGUGCAGCAAAAAGAGUGUGGUGAUGCUGCUACAGAGGAAAACAAAGAUCCUGAUGCUUCAAGACCUGGUCAAGACAUCUCUCAGAGUGCAUCCAAUCAGAAGUUGACUGACACCCCCUGCUCCUUUCCUCACAUGGACUACAGUCACUUAACCAGACACCAAAAGGAUUCUCCUGUGGUGAUGGACUUGCACAUAGAAGAAGCCCAGCAGAGGGAGCGCACUGAAAAGAUCCAGACUUACCGGUUAGUCCGAGAGCAUGUGUUGGAGUGCAGAAAACAGGAGGCGUUCAACAGGAUGGAGCUAAUGAGACGUCAGCUGGAGAUGUAUCAAAACAUGCAGGCAGCCUUUGAGCAGCGCUGUAAGAACUUUCACAAUGCGUGCGAAGCAUUUAAUAGCCGUCAUCGAGCGAGCAUCAAAAAGGAACAAGAAGAGAAACAAGCUCUGGAGGAGGCCCAGUCGGCAGCUCUGGAAAAAGCAGCCUUCACCUCUGCUUCCGCACAGCCACCCAACAAGCAAGCCAAGAAAGCUGGCAAGAAGAAAUGAUAGUCAUUGGCACCAACAUCCAGUCUCCUCAGUAGACAUCUCAGAAGUCGUCACACUGAAUUAUCGUCAUUGUGUCCCAGCAUUGUUUACGUGCGCCUUACCAUACAACAUCAGAUGGGAAGUUUAUUUGUUCAUGAUUCAGUGUGUUCGCCUUUUCACUACCCCUUUAACUUUGAAAUGACUAGUUGCUCUAACUAUAGUGUUUAUUAAAUGUUCUAGUUUGAUAGUAGUUUAACAAAGAUGUUCAAACAAUUAUAAUAUUUAGAUCAUAAGAUAUUUAAUGUGUUCUUUACCUAUACUGUUCAUUAAUAGCUAUAAAAGCAGGAUUUAUAGUUUUUAUUCAUUUGAAUCUAAAGUGAGUGUUCACUGUUCAUGUUUUCUCUUUGCUCUACACAAGAAUAAAUUCAAAUUCUUUUGCUGAAACUGUAAAAAUAUUGCAGAGCUAACCUUAAAACUGAAUUGGAGGUCUGAAGGAUUUUUUUUUAUGGCAAAACUAGUUUUUAGUUUAAAUUAUAAAUUAAAUAACUUGAAGGACACAUUGAGGAUUCCUUUUGAGUGAUAGUUUCUGUACUGAGUAAUUAAACUUAAUUUUGAAUUUAAAAGAAAAGCUAUUUAACCACUUAAUAUUCAAACAUGGCUUGCAAGGAUCUUCCUUUUGCCUCCUUUGGCUUCACGGAGAAGCCAGUCUCACUUGCAAUGUAUGGCUGGGACCUUCUGAUGCCCAAUAUCUCUGAUUAUAUUCCCCCAAUCUUUAGUUUUCUUGAAGGUCGCUAUAUUGACCGUACGACUCAAUGCAUAGUGGGUACAGUCAACCUCCCACAAGCUGAGUGGUACUGAUUGAUCGGUUGAUUGAUAUAUUCUUGCUGAUACAGUCACAUUGUGCAAGACCAAGACAAAGUCAAGCACAUAACAAAAUGUAACACAGGUAGGUGGCAGAUCUUUACUGCCACAUGGCAACGAUUGAUUAACAUCAAAGCUAAGUGAAUGCACAGACUCAGAAUGCUGCCGGUGUUUUGUUUUGUUUUUCUGUGGUCAAAUAAAUCUAAUAUGGUAAAGUGCCCUUUAUCUUAGUUAAGUAUUUAGCAUGCAUGUAGUUCUGUGUACCUCAGAGUCGGCUGAUCAGCUGAAAAAUGAGAAGUUAAAUUGGAAAUGAAAAGGAAGAGGGUGCCAUCUAGUGGACAUUAAUAAAUUCUCAUUACCAUG